AAGAAAAAAAUAAAAAAAGAAAAGCGAAAAUGCAAUAAUACUAAUAACAUCUAAACCUUACCUAAUCAAUCCAUCCAAACACAUUUCGAACAAGAAAGCUAUGAGUAUGAUUAUUAAAAGCAAGUAGAAUAUGUAAUGGAAUCAGAUGAAACAGUAUUAACAGGAAUGUACUACGAAUAAUUUAAAGACGUAUUUAAAAAUUUUAAUCAAAACUCAUUAAAGCAAUACGAAAUCUAAACAGAUGAGAAAACUCAAGAACAACUACAAAAAUAGUAAGAUGAAUUUGAAGAAAAAAAGCUCAAAAGAUAAUAAGAAAAAUUACUAAAAGAACAAAAUAAAGAAAAGCUUUCUAGAAAAUAAAAGAAAUAAUAAAGAUGGCUAUAAGUAGCUUAGUUAAAAGCCAUUGUAAAAAGACCUGAUUUAGUUGAGGCUUGGGAUAUUACUGCACCAGACCCACGCACUUUAGUUUUUUUAAAAUCUUUAAAAAAUACAGUCCCUGUGCCUCGUCAUUGGAGUCAAAAAAGAAAGUUUUUAUAAAAUAAAAGAGGUAUUUUAAAAUAACCUUUCUAAUUGCCAGAAAAUAUCGAAAGAACAGGUAUUGCGAAACUUCGUGACCCUUUUUCAGAAAGAGAUGGAACUUAGAUGGUUAAAUAGAAAUUAAGAGAAAGGAUGAAUCCGAAAAUGGGAAAAAUAGAUAUUGAUUAUGAAGUUUUACAUGACGCUUUUUUCAAAAAUUAAAAUAAAUCAAAACUCACUAUCCAUGGAGAUAUUUAUUACGAAGGAAAAGAGGAUGAAUUUACUCAUAAAAAAUAUAAACCAGGAAAAUUAUCAGAUGCAUUAAGAGCAGCACUCGAGAUUGCAGAUUAUAGUCAUCCGCCUUGGCUUAUUAAUAUGCAAAGAUAUGGACCUCCACCUUCUUAUCCAAAUUUGAAAAUUAUUGGACUCACUUAUCAUGAUUAGGGAGGAGUAUCCUUUUUUAAUAAACUUUAAAUGGAUGAUUAAAGCAAGUAAAUGCAAUAACCAGGAGUAUACGGAACUUUUAAAACUGAUGAUGAUCAAAUGGAUGAUAAUAUUGCAAUUUAUAAGGGUUAUUGGGGAUAAGUGAUUGAUGAUGAAGAUGAAGAAUAGGCAGGAGGUAUUAAUAACUAAAAUAUUUAAGAACCUGAUGAACAGGAUUUAGACGAAGAAGACAAUGGAGAUGAAGAUGUUGAUUUUGAAGAAUAAAUAUAAUAAUAUGAGAAAAUGUAAAACUCUACAGAUAAUACAGGAAUUAAUAGUGUUAUUUCUGGAUUAGAAACUCCUGAAGUAGAUUUAAGGAAUAAUAAUGCACCUCUUUAUACGGUUUUGGAAAAUGUUCCUAAUAAAAAUGCAGUAGGAGGAAUUUUAGGAACUUCACAUACUUAUAUUAUGCCAGAAAAAAAAACUAAUUGAGUUUUAUUACUUAUUUUUUUAUAUUGUUUAAUAUUUUAGUAAACUGAUUUUUUUUU